AUGGCCACUAACAUGAUAGAGCUCAUGGCCCUACUUAGAGAUCAAAAUCGGGCUUCUUUGAGCUACACUCCGCCUUCGGGGCAAAGUUCAACGGUUGAUCUGAACCCCGUGGUCCUGCCGACCAUCGUUUUGGAGAGCGAGGAUGCACCUACUUUAGCAAUGACGCAUGUACCGAUGGUCUACCCGGUCAGUGAUCCCUUGCUGCCUCCACCUGCCCCUACGGCUGUUCCUCUUCCACCAGUGGCAUUUCUGACAUUAGACUCGACUAUGCACGUACCAUCGCCAGUAGCCAUGCCGAUCCAACCUCCAAUCUACACUGUUCUGCAGCCAAUUGUUCUCCCGAUGAUGAGUGCCCCCGCUCCUGCUCACACCAUUGAGCAUUUCCCUUUCCAAGCUUCACAAUCCCAUAUAAGCUUUUCCUACCAAACUCCACCGCCUCUAAAUAUUCCUCCCUAUUAG